AUGACGACGGCGCGGAGGUGGUGGCGUCGCGCGGCCGCGGCGGUCAAGGACAGGAGGAGCCUGUACCUGACACGCGUGGUGGCGCUGCGGCCGUGCACGGGGCCGGUGACGAGGAGCGCGGAGCUGGAGGCGGCGGUGAUCCGCGCCACGAGCCACGACGAGCGGGCGGUGGACUACCGGGGCGCGGCGCGGGUGUUCGCGCUGGCGCGCGCCUCGCCGCCGGACAUGCAGCCGCUCAUGUUCGCGCUCGCGCGCCGGGCGGGCCGGACGCAGUGCUGGGCCGUGGCGCUCAAGGCGCUCAUGCUCGCGCACGGCCUGCUGCUGCGCUCCGACCUCGCGCCCCGCGCCGCGCGCCUCGGACGCGUCCCGUUCGACCUCGCCGACUUCCGCGACCGCUCCGCGGCAUCGCCCAACUCGUCCGGGUUCUCGGCCUUCGUGCGCGCCUACUUCCGCUUCCUCGACGUCCGCUCCCUCUUCGCCGCCCAGGAGAUCGACGCCGCCGCCGAUGACGACGACGACGACGACGACGCGCGCCUCGACCGCGUCUCCAAGCGGCAGCACCUGCUCGAGCUGCUCAUGCAGAUCCGGCCGUACGGGGACGACAUGGAGGAGAACCUCGUCCUGGAGGCCAUGGACUGCGUCGUCAUCGAGAUCUUCGAGGUCUACAGCCAGGUGUGCACCGGCAUCGCCCGCUUCCUCGUCAGCGUUCUCGGCUCCGCGCCCACCACGCCCAGGCCUCGAGCGGGGGAGACCCUGGAGGCGGCGAGGCGGCGGAGGGGCGUGCACGGAAUGCGGGUGCUGCGCAAGGCCGCGGAGCAGAGCGCGCAGCUGGCUUCCUACUUCGAACUCUGCCGGAGCCUCGGCGUCCUGAACGCCACCGAGUUCCCCGCCGUCGAGCGUGUCCCCGACGACGACAUAAGGGACCUCGAGAAGCUCAUCAUGGCCCACGCCCAAGAAACCACCAAGCUGGUGGAGGACGACAACGAAGCAAAGACGCUCGUCGCCAUGGACAACAACGAACGGAAGGCGCUCGUCGCCAUGGACAACAACGAACGGAAGGCGCUCGUCGCCAUGGACAACAACGAACGGAAGGCGCUGGUAGCUAUGGAGACGGGCAGCGUGGCGGUGGCGACGAGAGAGUGGGUGGUGUUCGACGAGGGCGAGGACAACGCCGGUGCCGGCGAGCGGCAAGGUUAUUAUUUCGAUAACUACGUGAACCCGUUCGUAGGUGAGUCGUGGGGAUCCUGCGUGCCGGAGAGCAUGAACUUGUUGGCUUAG